AUGGCCUACCAAUCCAAAGACUCGUACCCGCGCCCAGACUUCGUCCACACCAACCACCGCUGGACGCCCAUAAACGACAAGUGGACGCUCCUCUUCGACGAUGAGGACGUCGGGCUCAAGGACGCCUGGCACAUCAAUGGCGUGCCGGACAAGGUCUCCGUAACCUCGGCUCCCAGCCCCGAAGACAGCGAGGCCGAGGCCAAGCGGCUGGAGGCCUUCCCGGAGCUGCGGGCGAAGGGCUUCCAGGCCGCCAAGAGCAAGGACCGUGAGAACGUCAAGAAGCCAAUCAACGUGCCCUUUGUGUUCCAGGCGCCGGCGUCCGGCGCCCACGACAAGGAUGCGCAUGAGGUCAUGUGGUACGAGCGGCCUGUGUCCGACCCCCGGGCUAAACCGGAGAUCGACGCCGGCGAUAGGGUCUUGGUCCGCUUCGGCGCCGUCGAUUACGAUGUGACGGUGUGGGCGUCGGGGCAUCCUGUGGGCAAGCACCGGGGCGGCCAUGUGCCGUUCGAUAUCGACAUCACGGAUGCGCUGGCGAACGCCUGGAAGAGCACCGGUAAGGGGGACCUACAGCUCUUGCUACGCGUGCAGGACUCGCCCUAUGACUUGGCGCAGCCGCGUGGGAAGCAAUACUGGGCGCCGCAGCCCGAGAGCAUUUUCUACACCCCAACUAGCGGGAUCUGGCAGCCCGUGUGGUUGGAAGUCCUGCCGGCCGCGCGUUUGGGGAACAGCAGCGCGGGCACCGUCCUGAAGUCCAACGAUAUCUACAAGGGGGCUCUGGAGGCUGAAGUUGCCGUCUUGGGCCGCAGGGCGGGCCACGGUUACAGCGUCGAGAUUGAGGGCAGCCUUCACGGAUUCGCAAUUGGGAAGAAGAAGGAGAACCUGCCGAAAGACAAAGAUUUCGCCCUGAUCACGCUGCCGCUAGCUCUGAGUGACGAGCAGAAGGAGGAGGCGCCGAAGGCAGUCACGGAGAUUGCAUCGUUCGAUGACACGGACUGCUGGCACAAGGGCCUGGCCCUGUGGUCUCCAGAAUACCCCACCCUUUACGAUCUGCUUAUCCGGCUCUACGACGCCGAAGGCAAGGUCGUCGACGAAGUCAAGACAUACACCGGCUUCCGCCACCUCGACUGGACCCGGGGCGACGGCACCUUCCGGCUCAACGGCAAGCCGCUCUUCCAGGCGCUGAAUCUGGACCAGGGCUACUGGCCGGAAACAGGACUCACGCCGCCAUCCCCGGAGAGCCUGAAGAAGGACAUAGAGAUCGCGAAGAAGAUGGGCUUCAACGGCUGCCGCAAGCACCAGAAAGUCGAGGACCCGGUAUUUCAUUAUUGGGCCGAUAAGCUGGGCUACCUUGUCUGGGGCGAGAUGGCAAACGCGUAUGAGUUCAGCGCCGAGUACAAGUCUCGCUUUGAUCAGGAGUGGACUGAGGCUGUGAAGAGAGAUAUCAAUCACCCCUGUGUCGUUGCUUGGACGCCGGUCAAUGAGAGCUGGGCAUAUCCUGAUUUGAAGGGUAGUGUCGAGCAGCGGAACCACAUUCGCUCAUUAUACUACAUGACGAAGAGUCUGGACCCCACGCGCCCCGUCAACGACAACUGCGGCUGGGAACACGUGCUGACGGACCUGAGCACCUUCCACGACUACUCCGACGCGCCCCAGCUCUCGGAGUCUUGCGCGACGCUCGAGCGGACGCUGGACCGCAGCUGGUGCGGGCGCGGCAUGUGGGUCGGCGCUAUCGACGACGGCAAGGGCGGCGAGAGGGACCAGGCGACGAAGCACCGCCCCGGCGCUCCUGUUAUUAACACCGAGUUCGCUGGCGUGAACAUCGCCACCGCCGGCGCUGAUGGCAAAGAUAUCAUGCCCCAGGGCGGUGGCGGCGAUUGGGGGUACACGACCGCCAAGGACUCGCGGGAUUUGUUGGACCGCAUCCAGGCGCUGGUGAAGGCCGUUAUCGUGCCCGGGAAUAACUGCUCGGGGUUUGUUUAUACGCAGCUGUCCGAUAUCGAGCAGGAGGUCAACGGCGUCUACGCUUUCGAUAGGCGGGAGAAGAUCCCGGCCGCGGAGGUUAAGAAGAUCUUUGAUGCGGCGAAGAAGUCGUAUUUAGAUAAUCUUCCCAAGGAGGUUUGA